AUGCUCGCCUUCCGUGGUGAAAUGGGGAAUCGGCAAGUUCCUCUUAACAAAUAUGGAAUUCUUAGCCUUCUCCUUAUAUCUUCCUUCGUAUUUACUGCCCUUGGACAAGUAACAAGUCCAACAGCAGCUAUGGGUCCUCAGGGUCCUCGUGGUGACCCUGGACCAACAGGUCCAGAAGGCGCAGUUGGACCUCCCGGUCCCCCUGGUCUACAAGGACCUGCAGGUCCUGAUGGCGCUCCAGGGGAAGUCGGUCCUCAAGGUCCUCCCGGUCCCAACGGAAGAAAUGGUCGUGAUGGUCUACCUGGUAUUGCUGGUCCUCCAGGUCCUCAAGGUCUCCCUGGACUUCCUGGUGAAGCUGGUGCCACUGGUCCCCAAGGUCGUCAAGGUUACCAGGGUCCCCCUGGUGAAAAGGGUGAGGCUGGAUUCGAUGGCAUGGCUGGAUCUCCUGGUCCCAUGGGUCCACCUGGUCCCGCAGGUCCAAUGGGCACUGUUGGUCAAAUCGGUCCAACAGGUUUCCAGGGCCCUAUUGGUCCGCGUGGUGAGUCUGGCGCUGAUGGACGAAUUGGUCUCCCAGGGCCUCAGGGUCCAACUGGUCCCCCGGGUCCACCUGGUCAGUCUGGUCAAAUCGGUCAAAAGGGUCAACGCGGUGAAGAUGGUCCACGCGGUCCUCGUGGUAGUCGAGGUGCCACUGGUCCUGCUGGUGCUGACGGACCGGCUGGUGAACCUGGGCCUGUGGGUGAACCUGGAAUGGACGGCAGACCAGGACCCCGUGGUGAAGCUGGUGUAGCCGGUCCUCAAGGUCAAAUGGGAGCUGCAGGUCGACGAGGUGAACGUGGAGCCACAGGUCGACCUGGUGCUCAGGGUCGCAAAGGCCCCACCGGUGACCACGGUCCAGCUGGACCUGUUGGUCCCACUGGUGCCGCCGGUCAAAAGGGUGAACGGGGUCAAACUGGUCGUGAUGGUGACCAAGGUGAACCUGGACCUCGUGGAGAUCAAGGACCAAUGGGAGCUCCAGGCGCUAAGGGAGCUCGUGGUGAAUCUGGUCCACCUGGUCUAGCAGGGUCUCCUGGUCUGGAUGGUCGUCAGGGUUUAGAUGGUGCUGCAGGAGAAAAUGGUCCACAAGGUGAACCUGGUAUCCCUGGCCCCCCAGGUCCUAUGGGUCGUCCUGGUAUGGAUGGUUUGCCUGGACCUCGUGGUGAUAUGGGUCCAAAUGGCAUCGAUGGGAGUCCUGGUGUCAAGGGUGCUAGGGGUCCACCUGGUCCUCCGGGUCGUGCUGGAAACCUUGGAAAGCCCGGUACUCCCGGCACUCCUGGUGCUCUUGGCCCAGCUGGUCCCCCCGGUCCAACAGGUGCUCCCGGUGGUAUUGGUGAGCCCGGACCUAAAGGUCAACGUGGUUACCAAGGUUUGCAAGGUGACGUUGGAGAAACUGGCGAAGUCGGCCCUCCUGGUCCAGACGGUGCUACCGGUCCAAUUGGUAAUCAAGGCACCUCUGGUUUUGUCGGCCCUGCUGGUGAUCAAGGUCCCUCAGGUGCUGUAGGUCCCGAGGGCGAUUCCGGUUCACCUGGUUAUGAUGGCUCCCCGGGUAAGGAUGGAAAAGCUGGUCCUCGUGGUAAGGAUGGCAACGCUGGCCCUAUUGGUGAACGAGGUGAACAGGGCCCAGUCGGCCCUCGUGGCAUCCGUGGUGAACGCGGCCCUCCUGGCGAAAAGGGUAGUGAUGGUGAAGCCGGUGAUGUUGGAGCUCAAGGUCUUACUGGUCCUUCUGGUCCAAAUGGUGUACCAGGCCCUGCUGGUAAAACUGGUAGUCCCGGUGAGGUGGGUGAAGCUGGUGAAGAAGGUCUUCAAGGUCCUGCCGGUGUUCCUGGACUGGAUGGCAUUCGCGGUCCCCAAGGUCUUCGUGGUGCACCUGGUGCAUCUGGUGUUACUCACGAACUCACUCCAGCACCUGGAAGCGAAGGUCCGAAGGGUGCGAGAGGUCCUACAGGUCCAGCCGGUCCCCCUGGCGACCAAGGUCCAAAGGGCGAACCUGGAGAAGCGGGUCCACCUGGUACUCCCGGUGAGCCUGGUGAACAAGGACCCUCUGGUCCCGCCGGUGAUCCCGGACCUGAUGGUGCACCAGGUCUCGAUGGUGAAGUUGGCCAAGAAGGUGCUCCAGGUGAACAAGGUCCAAGGGGUCAACGCGGUCCCAGUGGUGAACCAGGUGCCAUGGGUCCUCCUGGCCCACCCGGUAAAGCUGGUGCUCCUGGUCCUGUUGGUCCUCCAGGUUCAGCUGGAGAACCUGGUAAACGUGGCCCUACUGGUCCCCCUGGUCCAGCAGGCGUACGUGGCCCAACUGGUUCCCCUGGUGCCAAUGGAACCGAUGGUCAUGAAGGUCGCAAAGGACCCCAAGGUCGUCGUGGUCCGCCUGGUGCCACGGGUCCAGCUGGUGACGCUGGAGCACCCGGUAAAGAGGGACCUCAAGGACCUCCCGGCCAUCCCGGUUUUGUUGGUCCUUCUGGAGAACCUGGUCCUGAAGGUCCAGAGGGUAAAGAAGGCAUCGAAGGUGCCCAAGGUGAACAAGGACCCCCAGGUCCUUAUGGUGAUAUGGGUCCUCCUGGCCCAACAGGUGAUCCUGGUCCAAAGGGUCGUCAAGGUCCUGCUGGAAAGCGAGGACCUCAGGGAGCACCAGGUUCUCGUGGGCCUCAGGGUGCACAGGGUCCACAAGGUCCUGUAGGCCUCAAUGGUCCUUCUGGCCCUGUUGGUCAACGUGGACCUCGUGGAGCUCCUGGUCCAAAGGGCCCAAAAGGUCUCCAAGGUGAAAGUGGCGCCGCUGGUGCUGAUGGAAAUGAUGGUGAAACUGGUCCCCGUGGUCCACAGGGCGCAGCUGGUAGUCGUGGAAAGGACGGUCUACCCGGAAAACGCGGUCCCAUGGGUCCCAAAGGAACUCCAGGUGCCAAAGGUCCACCAGGUCUACAAGGUCCCCCCGGUCAUGAUGGUCCAAGCGGUUAUCCUGGUGCUUCUGGCAAACGUGGUCCAACAGGUCCUACAGGUGAACGGGGUCCUCAGGGUCCUCCUGGUUUGCGCGGUGAGCCCGGUGAUAUGGGAGAGCAAGGGCCGAUUGGUCCUUCUGGUAACGAUGGUGAUCCUGGACCAGCUGGUGUCCAAGGUCCCCCAGGUCCACCAGGUCCACCUGGUCCCCCUGGGUCAAUCGUGAGUGUGCAAUCUCGCCGAUCACCUACCAAGGGCCUCCUUUAUGGUGAUGAUCCCAAAGCUGCUCGCAUCUUCGGUAUGAACUCUGUCAAGUUCCCUCGUGGUACCCAGGAAGUUCCAGCUCGUACAUGCGCUCAGUUGGCUGCAAACUUCCCUAACUUACCUGAUGGUAAAUAUUGGCUUGACCCUAAUGGUGGUCGUACACAUGAUGCCGUUCAAGUUUACUGCAAGAUCAAGACUGGAGAAUCAUGUAUCCCAGCUAAGAAAUCCUUCCCUCUCAGCAGUUGGAGAGUGCCUGCCAAAAACGGUUCAGUCUGGUUCCAGAGUAUCAACCAAUUUGGGGAGUUUGACUAUGCAAUUGAUGCCGAUCAACUAGCCUUCUUGAAGGUCUUUAGUUCUCGCGCUUCACAGAUUCUUCAACUCUCCUGUCAGGGUCUAUCAGAGAGAAGUAUUGUCCCUGACCUCUUGGCUGACGACGACACGAUUUUGUCCAUGACUCAUCCCAAGCGUCGAUUCACUAUCUUAGAGCAGCAAUGUGGAAUGACCACCGAGGGGUCUACCGUCGUUGAGAUUCAAACCAGACCAUCCCGACUGCCGCUACGUGAUAUCAAAUUCACUCCUAGCGUAUCUGCUUUUGGUGUUCAGGUCGGAGAAGUCUGCUUCUCUUAG